AUGGUGGAAACAACAAGUACAUGUGAUUUGCAUAAAAGAGAACAAAGGUAUUAUUUGAAUCAUAACAAAAAAAUUAAAAUAAUUGAAAACAAAAUUGAUAAGGAGGGAUAUUUUGAUAAUUUUAAACUAUGCGAGAGUGAAGAAAAUGAGAAAAGCAUACAUUUAAAUAGCAAUUCAUUUAAUUGUGAUUUAAAACUUUUUGAUAAUAUUUUUAAUGAACAAAUUUUAGAAAAUAAUAAUAAUAAUAUAGAAGAUGAUAAUAAAUUUAUUUUAAUAAAAAAAGAAGAAGAAACGUUAAAUAGUAAUGAUUCUUUUCCUUUUACUUUUUUUAAAGUAAAUAGAGAUGAAAAAAUAGAGAAUAUAUCUGAUAAAAUAAAAGUGAAUAAGAAGAAUAAUAAAAAAUUAACUGACAUUAUUAUUUUAAAAAAUAUUUUAAAUUUGUAUUUUCUGUUUGAUGAUAAGAAUUGUGGAUAUAUUGAUUUUAAAUAUUGUUCAUAUGUAAUUAAAAAUAUUUACGAAAAUAAUAUUAAUUUUUUGAUAGAACACAUUAAAUUAAAUGAAAAUGAAUUUAAUAAAAAUAGAUCAAAAUUUAACACUGAAAAAAUAGAAAUAAAUCAAAAAUUUUGUACAAAAUACUUUGCAAAAUUUCUACUAGUUGUUUUAAAAGAUAUAUCAAUUUUUCAAAAAAAAAGUGGAGUUUUAAGUAAAGAGAAUUUUAUAGAAAUUAUGCAUCAAUUUAUAGACACAAAUAGUUAUAUUAAUAAUAUGUAUGAAAUUUUUAAAUAUCCGAAAAAUAUAAUAACAGACUUUUAUAAUUAUAUACAUUAUAUAAAUACAAGUGUUGAUGAAAAAAAAAUGAAAAAAAUAAGAAUUACAAAAAAAAAAAAGAAGUUAAAAAACAUAUUUUUUUUUGAUGAUCAAUUAAUAAAUGCUGAUUUACACACUCAUAUAAAUUAUUUUAAAGAAAAAAAAAACAAAAAAUUAGAAAAUAUAAAGCUAGAAAAUACCAUAAAAGAAAUGAAAGAGUGUACUUUCUUACCUUAUAUAACAAAAAAACCUAGCUAUUUAUUAAAGAAAAAAAUAGAAAAUAAUAUGAACCAAAUUAUUAAACAGCCAAAUGUAAAAAAAAAAUACACGAAACUAGAAAUAUUGUAUGACAUUGAUCAUACAAUUGAAAGAACUUUAAUUCUUCCUAAUAAUGUAGUUUUAAAGAAAUUUGAUGAAAAUUAUGAACAUUUAUGUAAUGACAAUAAUAAAUCAAUAAAGUUAAAGUAUAUAAUUCAUCAAGGAUAUGAAAAACCAAAAAAAAUUUGUUGGAACGACACUUUAAGAAAUAAAAGAAUUAAUUCAAUUCAACAAUUAUUUAAUAAAGAGGAAAAAAAAAAAUGUAAAGUAAAUAAUAAUAAAAGUAUUGUAGAAAACGUUAAAAAAAAUAACAUUACUCCAAAAAAAAUAGCACUAAGUAAAAUAUUUAAUAAUAAGAUUUAUGUAAAUAAUAAUAAUAUUUUAGAUCCUUUAAUUAUUAAUUCUAGAAAAUUAUUAAAAGAAGAUAAAAAAAUCUGCAACAAAAAUUUUAUUUAA